AUGAAGAAUAGGGUCCGACAGGGUGAUACAAUUUCACCCAAAAUAUUCACAGCCACCCUCGAGAACGCAGUGCGAAAGUUGGAAUGGGACGACAUGGGAGUGAAGGUUGAUGGUCGGCAGCUACACCAUUUGCGCUUUGCUGAUGACAUCGUACUGAUAACACCUAGCAUCAGCCAAGCGGAAGGAAUGCUGACCGAGUUUCACGAAACAUGUGGAUGCAUCGGUCUUCAGCUGAAUCUACAAAAGACGAUGUUCAUGCGGAACGGAUGGGUCUCGGAUGCCCCAUUCACGCUCAACGGAACGAACAUAUCCGAGUGCACCAGCUACGUUUAUCUGGGUCGGGAACUGAACAUGAUGAACGACCUGACCCCGAGCUGGGCGAGCUGGGCAGGAGGAGACGAGCGGCUUGGGGAGCGUACAAGAGCAUCGAGGAUGUAG